AUGGAAUCCAAGGAGGAAGCCGGACUGUGCUCGUCCAAGGAUGUUCUCUCCAAAAUGUCGCCAGAGGCUCGUAAGAACACUUACAACAAAGCGAUCGUUGUCUCAACUCCAGUAUUCGUCUCCCAAGACUCUCAAAACGGACCGAUAGAGUUUUUCGUACCCGGUAAACCAACUCAAUGGCCUAGAUUGCCAUUAGUGAAGUUUCUAGAGUACAAUGAACAAGAGACAGACGCAGUCUUUUACGGCUCGAAUCAUUUCAACCUCGUCGACACAACGACCCGGCGCAAAACUUCGAUCUUAGAAGCCUUUCUGGUCUCACCCACGUCAACUCAUGCGCGUCUGCUAUCCCACUUGUCCCUCAGCUUUCCUACCCUCGAGGCGGUAGAGGGACGGUCCGAAAUGCUGGGGCUUACGCAGAAUGGAACGCGCACCUUGAAGCUUCUCCAAGACUACUGUGUCAAUCUGAAAACGUUGGAAUUGUACUUGUUUAAAUUCAAUGCCUUCGGUCUUGUUGGAGAAGCUCCUGGCGACUCACAGUCCCGCCGCGAGGCUUUAUUGCAAGUCAACGCGCAGUUAAAGGCUGUUCCGUCUCUGAAAAGACUUCUCGUCAGGUGUUAUCAUGACAGAACAACCCCUGAGGUGAUACAGUUGAUGCAGGGCCUUGGUUGGAUGGUCCUGGUGGGCGAUAAGGGGUUAUCAUGA